AUGGAAGUAAGAGCGCAAAGGCGCGCUCAUCCCCAAGCGGCACUCGAAUGUUAUGCGAAUAAAUCAAUAGAUACCAACGGUACUGAAGAGGAUGAUCCACCCGACACGGCGUUCGCCCUUACACUUGACUGCCACCAUUACACGAGCUUGAAUCAAGUGGCUUGGGACAUUCAAAAAUAUUGGCAGCAGCGUCACCAAAUAUUUUCACGCUACGACGAAGGCAUCCGAAUGACAGAUGACGCUUGGUUUGGUGUCACGCCCGAACCUGUUGCUCAGCAAGUUGCUCAAGAUCUGGCGUCAAAUAGACGGCCAGAGCAGCGCACACUAAUCGACAUGUUUGCAGGUGCUGGCGGGAAUGUUAUCGCUUUUGCUCGCACUCAAUGCUGGAGUCGUAUUAUUGCCAUCGAAAAGGAUGCUGCCGUACUUGCGUGCGCAUAUCACAAUGCUAAAAUUUACGGGGUACAAGAUCGCAUCACCUGGAUCUACGCCGAUGCCUUUGACUAUUUAUCUCACAGCUCUUAUAUCCUCAAUCCAAACGAAGUCGUCAUCUUCGCUAGUCCACCUUGGGGCGGACCAUCUUACAGUUGUGAUGCCAUUUUUGACCUAGAUACGAUGCAGCCUUAUUCUCUCCUCCAAAUUUACGAGGUUACUAAACAUGUUGAUACUGCAAUAUAUUUGCCGCGGACUAGUGACUUGCGUCAAAUUGCAUGCUUAGGUCCUAAUAAUCCAAAGAUAGAGGUAGUGCAGUAUUGCAUGCAAGGUGCUAGCAAAGCUAUGGUGGCUUUCAUACCUGCGCUUCAGUUAAUCUAG